CUGUUUGUAUCAGUGGUGGCUAAUGAAGGUAGAUGGUGUUCAGGCCGUGGAGUAAUGUCGGAUUAGCUGGGUGUUCUUCUACAGAAACUUUACCAAACUUUUUUUAAAUGUGUUGAUCCCGUCAUUCAGGAUGUCUGACUUUGAUCCAUAUCUUUGUUUACGUUGGUGGACUACCUGGAUUUAAAAUAACUUUCCUGAUUCCUGGACCAAAGUUCGUGUGAUUUGUGUUGCAGAUGUGACUUUUUUUAAAGAAAGGAGUAUUCUAAGUCAUUUAUCUUUAAUAUUGGAUGUGUGACAUAAUGUUGGCGCAGUUUCCUGUGUGCAAUAGUAAACAUCACCUGAACAAAUAUUACGGAAUUUGGCAAACUUUUUACUCAAAGAAGUUCAUUUCUUCAGUAGUCAAAAACUAGUUUCAGUCUUAGAAUGCCAAAUGUCUUCUUUGAACAAUUUAGGUUUGUAACAAGAUCUUAAUUAAUGAGAAUCCUGCUCCACAGUCAGCCGGCAAAUUGUUUGAAAUCAGCCUUAGUUCCUGUCAGUUGAUGUAACCAUCUCAUCUAGAUAAGUGUAAGGGCGAGAUAGUUGUUAUGUAAUUUCCCUUGGUCUGGAGAUGACAGAGGCAAGGGGGAUUUCCACUUGGUAGCAUAUACCUUUCAGUCUAGACUGGUCAGAAAACACUUAAGGAUUCUGACAAACUUUCUGACCCAAAAUUUGAUUCAGUUCUUUUGUGACACCCUUUAGUGUGGGUAGACCGUGAGAUUUAGAUCAACAUCACAGACAAGUUUUUGGUAUAAACAGUUUUUUCAAGAAUUGGAUUAGAAUUAGUGAUGAUAAUCGUGGAGAAAAUUUGUCUUUGAAUCCCGAAAACUGGAUUGUGAAUUGACAAUUUUUUGAAAGAAAUAAUUGAUCCUAAUUCAUCGAAGACAACAGUGGAGCUGAACCAUCUUUGAGAAUGCUGAAGAACGCAAAGCUUACAAUUUGAUCACCUUGUGGUGGUGUUGGGAGUUACCUCCGGGAUCGUUGUUCUGGGAAACUAGUGUUGGGAGGUUCUGGGAUUGAAACAAUGCCGUGUGUUGGCCUCACUGAUUGUCAGAAGAUGAAGGAACAGAACCAAGAUCACCUUGAGGGCAUCAAAAUCAUGUCAGAAUGGCUAAACAUGGCCAAAUCGACGACUCCAACGCCGACCAACCGCGGCUCCAAUAGUACACUGAAAGAGAAGCUCCAGGAAGAGUUCCUCUCCUGCAAGAUAUGCCUUGAUCCCAUUCGCCGCCCCAAGGCUCUACCGUGCCUCCACAGCUUCUGUGAACACUGCCUCAAGGAUUAUGUGCGACGAACUCCAGGGGGGCGCCCUGGAUACUUCCCCUGUCCGAUGUGUCGGAAAGAAACGUAUAUUCCGGAGCGUGGGGUGGAGGACUUUCAGGAUAAUUUCCUGUUGAUGAGUUUAUCGGAUACCCUUGACGAAGAAAUUUGGGAACCUCCUGGAUUUGAUAAUUUAAAUCAUCAGUUGUCUCCCCCUAGACAUUUGUGUCCGCCUUCACCGCGGGAAGUGAACCUACGAAAUCACGAAUGGUAUUUCGGCAAGGUGAGUCGGAAUGCUUCCGAGGAAUGGCUGCUGUCGCCAGGGUAUGCCAAAGGAACGUAUCUGGUCCGACAAGGAGAGGCAUCGCCAGACACAUAUACGUUGUCCGUGCGAGACUAUGACGAACUCCGAGGCUACUUGGUCAAGCAUUACAAGAUCUACACGACCCGAUCUGAAGACUCACUCAAGGAAUUCUACUUCAUUUCAGCUAAAAGAAUGUUUCGAUCUCUACUUGAACUUGUCAACCACUAUAAAGAAAUCAUAGAUGGCUUGUGUUGCAAGCUUACCCAAGUGUGUUCCAAGCCUCGGUCUCUACUAUGGGCAAUGGACAGAGGCAAACAGGACGAGUACCUCACACUGAAAACCACCCUGGUUCUAAUCAGACGUCUGGGAAGUGGACAGUUUGCUGAAGUGUGGCUAGGAAAGUGGAAUUCAUCAAAGGAAGUUGCUGUGAAGAUGCAGAAACAGGACUGUGUAAGCACUGCUGCGUUCCUGGAUGAAGCACAAGUAUUAAAAACUCUACAGCACCCGAACAUUAUCAACAUUCUGGGAGUGUGCUGUGAAAAUGAACCAAUUUACCUUCUCACGGAAUACAUGCUUAAUGGACGCUUGUCGUUGUAUUUGCGGGAAGGAAAAGGGAAGGAUCUUGCACUCAGUCAGUUAUUGUGGAUCGGAGCACAGAUUGCAGAUGCGAUGGCCUACAUGGAGAAGGAAAAGUUUGUACAUAGGAACUUGGGAGCCCGAAAUAUUCUGGUUGGGGAACACAACAAGGUGAAGAUAGCUGGCUUUGGAAUGACCAAAGCUAUGGAUGAUCCUGACUUUAACUUCAGGAGAGGUAGGAAUCAAGGUCUGAAGAUGGCAAUCAAGUGGAUGGCCCCUGAAGUAUUAUUAUAUAACAAGUACAGCACAAAGGCAGAUGUGUGGUCCUUCGGUGUCGUGCUCAUGGAGAUUCUCACAUAUGGCAAGGAACCAUAUGAAGGACUCCCGAGCAAAGAAGCCUUUGAACAUGUGCAGCAAGGCUACAGGAUGCCUAAGCCCAAUAUCUGUCCACAUGAAGUGUAUGACGUCAUCCUGACGUCCUGGAACACUAACUCUCACUCGCGGCCAUCCUUUGACUUUCUUAACACUUUCUUACAUGACUUUGGCAGUUGAUUCUGCUGGCAAGCGUGUAGGGAUUAUAUAGCCAGUAAAUUCGUCCUGCGUCGACCGCCAAAGGGCAAGCACAUUAUGUAGCAGAGACUUGACCGCUGUGCUUGUGUCUGUCACAACACAAAGGAGAAAGAGGAUAAUCAUGGAAGAACGAAGCAUUUUAGGAAACGAUGUUGACCGAGUUGGUGACUUGACCCAAGAAAGUUGUGAUUGAACUAUCAUCUGUGUUGUGAAAUACUUGGCAGCACCAACGUACGUGCUUUAAAACACUGAAGUAUCUCAGUGAUGUGUUCAUAAAACAGUACAGAUUAUCGUUCUUCAGUUCCUGAUGUAGAAGCCUUGUUCAAACUCAGUUAUUGCAUUUAAUGGAAGCGCGGUGGAGUUUGCAACUUCAUGGCACAAGGGAGGUAACUCUGCCAAAUACGACAUGCACAGACUGUCGGUUCCAAGAUUGUUUUGCAUUUAUCUGUAUCAAAUAAUUUCAUCAAUAGUAAUGUGGAAGCAAGUCAUAUUCAUAUUGUUCAUUGUCAUAAAAAUGUCAUCUUAUGUCAAGUGAGAACGUUUGGUGAUUAUUAAGGGGUUAUCACUAAACUUUAAUUUUAAAAUUUGAUUUUGAAAGUCACCUCAAGGUCUUAUUUUUUAUGUGUGUACUUGAGACAUUCACACAAAGAUAAUUUAGGCCAGACCAAUUUUAUUUCUGAAUUACGGGGUUUUGUCCUCAGAAAACCUAGAGGCAGGAGGAAAAAAAACAUUUUAAAAAAUCACCAGUCAAAGCUAAAACCCUCAUGAGUUUUUAAAGGCAUUGUUUUUCAAGUUCACACUCGCUGAGGUGCUUUCGAAACACUGAUUUCUAAACAAAUAUUGUUAGAUUAUUCAGUUUAAAGUCUCUGAGAACAGUGUGUCCAACAAAGUGCCUUGGAUAGUUGAAGUCUCAUUCCCGUAUAUCUAAACAUUACUUUUUUAUUUUUGAGUGGGGAAAAUGUAUUUAUUUAUUUAUUUUUAUUCUUGGAAAAAUACGACCGACGGAUCUGUAAAAUAAGAAAUAAAAUUGGUCUAGCCUUAAAAGGAUUUCUCAGUGUUGGAAUCUCAGCCACACCAGCCUUCAGCAAUAGUCAUGUGAUCACUGCUCAAACUUUUGCAUGAUUUCCUCGUGUGAAUGUAAGACACAAGUUUGUAUUAUUUAGAGUCAAUAUUUAUCUGCAGAAAACAG